GGGCAAUCAGGGCAUCCAUAAUCCCCACAAAAUUCAAAAUCUCGAGCUCUUUAUCUGCUGCAGUACAACAAGACGACGGUUGUUGUACUAUUCUAGUAAUUCCUGCAACCGGCAAUGGCAAAAAGCCGAAUUUUAGUAAUCGGGGCCACGGGAAAUCUAGGUUAUCAUCUAGCGAAAGCGAGCCUCGACUACGGCCAUACCACAGUCGCUCUCGUCAGAGAGUCGGCAUUCUCUCAUCCUGAAAAGUCUCUCAAACUCGAAACCCUCUCCAAUGCCGGGGCCAAACUUCUCAAGGGCUCCCUGCAACACCUAUCGAGCAUCAUUGAAGCGGUCGAGCAAGUUGAUGUUGUAAUUUGCGCAAUUCCAGCGAAGCAAGUUCUCGAUCAGAAACUUCUUAUUCGAGCUAUCAAACAAGCUGGAUGCAUCAAGAGGUUCAUUCCAUCAGAAUUUGGAGUAAAUCCUGAUAAGGUUCAGAUAUCUGAUCUUGAUUACAACUUCUAUUCAAGGAAAUCUGAAAUCCGUCGUGCAAUAGAAUCUGAAAACAUUCCUUACACCUACAUUGCAUGCAAUUUCUUCACUAGUUUUUUACUUCCUUCACUUGUUCAACUGGGCCAUAAGACCCCUCCCAUGGACAGAGUAAAGAUAUAUGGAGAUGGAAACACUAAAGCUGUCUUUGUUAAGGAAAGUGAUGUUGCUGCCUUCACCAUCAGCACAGUGGAUGACCCAAGGACUUUGAAUAAGGUCUUGUAUCUUAGGCCCCCGGGAAAUGUUUUCUCCAUGAACGAGCUGGUUGAGAUUUGGGAGACUAAGAUAAUGAAGAAACUAGAAAAGGUCUAUAUACCAGAGGAGCAGCUUCUAAAGGAUAUUCAAGAGACUCCAUACCCUAACAACAUGGAAAUGGUUUUUACAUAUUCUGCUUUCAUAAGGGGCGACCAUACUUACUUUGACAUCAAAUCAUCCGGUGGCUUGGAGGGGACGGAACUCUAUCCACAUGUUAGAUACACUACAGUCGGUGAAUAUUUGGACACUCGGUUGUAACUUGUAAAAUGUUCUAUCAGAACAGUCGGACCAUUCAGACAACCGGUUCCAUUCCACCCCUGACCGUUCCUUUGCCAAAACAUGUUGACUUGGUCAGUGACCUAUUGACCUGGGCAGUCGAACUGUCAACCCAUUUGACCUAGAUAAUGAUUUUUAACCAUUUUUUAUUUUAAUUAUUUUAUUUAUUUUUAAUUGAAAUAGGCCAUCCAUUUGGACUGGACGGUCAAACUGCUGACCCAGAGACUGGUGACUAAGCACAAAAUAGUUGGAUUUUGGCUUUACUCAACGCCUACAACAACAAUCUCCCUUUGCAUGUACGCGCACAGGAUUAACACAGAAGAGUUGGACCACCAUUAUUUCUUUAGGAUCUGGAAUCUAAUUAGGAUUGGAUAUUUUGGCACAAUGUCGAACAAUAUCAAGUUAUCAACUCUAUUUCAAUUUCAAAUAGCAUUUAAAUAGGUAGGAGCACAUCUUUCUUUUCA